AUGUCCCACCAGACCUCCCGCUCCUCCCCCUCGCACGCUCCCUCCCCCUCGCAAUCCAUCGACCCAAUCCACAACAUCGCACGAACGACCUUCCCCGUCCUCGCCGAGCCCUUUCUGGUGGACCACAACUACGAGUUCGUCAAGGAGCUGGGACAAGGCGCGUAUGGAGUUGUUUGUUCGGCGAGGAACAAGCUCACGGGCGACCAGGUCGCGAUCAAGAAGGUGACGAAGGUCUUCCAGAAGAAGAUCCUGACCAAGCGAGCAUUGCGGGAGAUCAAGUUGCUGCACCACUUCCGCGGUCACAAAAAUAUCACAUGCCUGUACGACCUCGACCUCGUGGACCCAACCAACUUCGACUCGAUCUACCUGUACGAAGAGUGCAUGGAGGCUGACUUGCAUGCGAUCAUCCGCUCGGGACAGCCGUUGUCGGACGCGCACUUCCAGAGCUUCAUCUACCAGACUUUGUGCGGGCUGAAGUACAUCCACUCGGCGCACGUCCUGCAUCGUGACCUCAAGCCCGGCAACCUCCUCGUAAACGCCGAUUGUGAGCUCAAGAUCUGCGACUUUGGUCUCGCGCGCGGAUUCGACCAGGACGCUGCCGCAGCGGACGGCCAGCAGCAGGGCUUCAUGACCGAGUAUGUCGCGACGAGGUGGUACAGGGCGCCGGAGAUCAUGCUCAGUUUUGCGAACUAUACGACGGCGAUCGACAUCUGGUCCGUCGGCUGUGUCCUCGCCGAACUCCUUGGCGGCCGACCGAUCUUCAAGGGCAAGGACUACAUCGACCAGCUCAACAUCGUCUUGCACUUCCUCGGCACGCCCUCCGACCGCACCUUGCGCCGCGUCGGUUCCCCACGCGCACAAGACUACAUCCGUUCGCUCCCCUACAAGCUGGGCGUCCCGCUCGUCCAGCUCUUCCCGCAAGCGAACCCGCUCGCUCUCGACCUCCUCGCGAAACUCCUUGCUUUCGACCCGCACGAACGCAUCUCGUGCGAAGACGCCUUGCUGCACCCUUACCUCUCGGUGUGGCACGAACCGGCCGACGAGCCUGUCUGUCCCGAGAAAUUCGACUUUGGGUUCGAAGAGGAGGAGACGGUUGAUGGGAUGCGGAGGUUGAUCGUUGAGGAGGUCGAGUCGUUUAGGAGGCUCGUCAGGCCGGGGAUGCAGCAGGCGCCUCCUCCUCCGCAGCAGCAAGCGCAGGGACAGAACGUCCAGCACGGUCAGAGGAGGCAAGAUCCGAUGCCGCAGCUCCCGAAGCGGGACGACAUGCUUGCGACGCCGACGAACAACGGGGCAAGGUAUGAGGAGUAUGGGCGCGUGCAGCGGGGUGGGGAGGGCCCGGUUGAGGAGCAUCCUGGUAUGGAGCUGGAUCGGGAACUCGCGUAUGGGGUCGGUGGACGGUGA